ACUACAACUCUUGUAUCCAUUGCGAGUUGCGACUCUCUCUUUCCAUUCCAGCACAGUAAAAGAUGAACAAGCAGAGUCGAAGUCGAAGGAGCAUAGAGAGACCCACUCUCUCUUCUUCCAUUCUCCCUCACGAUUUGAUCGUUCAAAUUCUGUUGAGGCUACCAGUGCGAUCUCUGCUUCGUUUCAAAUCGGUGUGCAAAUCGUUGCAAUCUCUCAUUUCCGAUCCCCAAUUCUGCAAAUCCCAUUUUGACCUAGCUGCUGCACCCACCCACCGUUGUCUCACAAGAGAUAAUCAUUCUGAAAUUGAAUCGCUAGAUGUAGAUGCACCACUUCACAAUGAGGCUUCUGUAGUAAACCUCAGAUUUCCUCUUCCUAUGUAUAGUGUUUAUGGUGUUGAUGAUCCUAGUAGUGAUGUUGAGUUCUUGGGUUCUUGUAGAGGGUUUGUUCUUGUAGCCUAUCCACAGGGUGAUGUCUUUGUGUGGAAUCCGGCGACCGGGGUUCGCAGAAGAAUUGCAGGCAAUGUUCAUGAGAUGAUUGAUUGUAUAAAUGGUUUUGGGUAUGAUAGAUUAACAGAUGACUACUUGCUUGUACUUAUCGAAUUGAUUCCUUUGCAGGAGUAUCACGAAGACGACAUUGAAGCUAAUGAUCCUAUAGGCAUUCGCCUUUUUUCCAUGAAAACAAAUUCCUGGUUUUACCUGCAGGGUACUAAUGUUCCGUAUAUCGAUUUGGAUAGUUGUGAAUUUAAAGCUGGGCAGUUUUUGAACCAGGCCCUGCAUUGGUUGGUUAUCUCUUAUGAAACCGAACAUCAUGUCAUUAUCGCCUUUGAUUUGGUAGAAAGGAGCUUGUCAGAGAUUCCUUUGUCACAAGUUUUAGUCAAGAAAUUAGAAAAUAAAGAGUAUUAUUUGCAGGUAUUGGGAGAAUGUCUCAGUUUAAGUUACCCGGGUGACGCGGAAUCAAUGGCUGAGAUUUGGAUGAUGAAAGAUUAUAAAGUGUCGUCAUCUUGGACUAAGUUAUUCGUUUUUCCUACUUGUAACAUUCGCCACAAUGUCUUUUUUCCAAUAUGUUUCACCAAACAUGGUGAAAUUUUUGGAUCAAAUGGCUUUGCAAGAUUUGUGAUAUUUAACGACAAAGGAUUGCUGCUUGAUCAGUGCACAUUUAAUACGUAUAGAGAGAGUUUGCUUCAAUGUGGUAUGUAUAGAGAGAGUUUGCUAUCACUCCCUAAUGCCUCUGAGGAAGCAAGUGAAGAUGACCAGCUGAUGAGGAAACAAUUGAAGAUAACCAAUAGUAACUGACAAUAAGAAUUAGUCAGGCCAUGAAGGGUGCUAGUGUUCUACACAGUUAUGCUUGAUGUCUUGGCUUGCCUUCAAAUGGUGAUAUUGCAAGAAUAGAGCUUGGCAUUUGGAAGAGUGUUUUUUAUACAAUGUUAAAUCAUCUAGCUGCAGUUAGUCUUUUAAGUUGCAGUUUGUUUAUCUUAAUGUCUUUUACAUGUUUUCAGGUUCAAUCUCUACUUAUUUGUACUGUAUUUAGGUACCUCUUCUACAAAAUUGAUUCCUGACUUUUUUUAAGAUAUUGUGCUAUUAGGCAUUUUGACUUGAAGUUAUGGUGAUAUUGUCAACCUUAAUCAUCUAGGAGCGAAUUGAAGGGAUUGGUUGAAAGAGGUUGAAACUAAUCAAGUUAUGAAAUGGAUUAAUCUCACAUGUGUUCAGUUUAA